UUAUUCGCUUUGCUACAAACGGUCACAUCGUGAUUAUUGUGCUGCUCCUCCAGACUUUUACAUAAUCUUGGGUUUGCGCUUUAAAAUUCUGUGUAACUAUUGCUUAGGACGUUAUUCAGAAUGUCGUUCACACAACUGGCACGUAGCUGCGGCCGCUUGGCUGCCUUGAGCACAGUUCGCAUCGCCAGCGGUGCUCAGACACAAGCUGCUAGGAUGAUGCAUCUUCAGCGGAUCACCAUGCCGGCCAUGGUCUCGCAGGUAUCUUCUCAAAAGCUCAUAGUGCGCUGCUUCUCAGCUCGGAAUACCAUGGAGGAGAUUCAGCAUCGCGUUUUGAAAGUCGUUUGCGCUUACGAUAAAGACAGCAGAUGUCGCUGGCAAACGCAAGCGGUGCGCAGUUACUCGGCGAAGCCGCCACUGUCGCUGAAGCUGAUCAACGAGCGUGUCUUGCUUGUGUUGAAGUUGUACGAUAAGAUCGACCCUAGCAAGCUCAAUGUGAACUCACAUUUUAUUAAUGACCUGGGCUUGGAUUCGCUGGACCACGUUGAAGUUAUCAUGGCCAUGGAGGAUGAGUUUGGCUUUGAGAUUCCAGACUCUGAUGCUGAGAAGCUGCUGAAACCUGCCGACAUUAUCAAAUACGUCGCCGACAAGGAGGAUGUGUAUGAAUAAAUGUAGUGCAUAACCAUGAAAAGAUUACAUUAAUUUUAAAUAAUUACGUCAAAUUUAAUUUGAACAACAGAAAGUUUAAAUAAAAACGUUACAACAAUUU